CAUUCUCGGUCUCACCCACUGACCUCCUCGUGGGGUCCAUCUCCAUGCGAGACUGUUGAGGUAUUAACCCAUUAACCCCUCCCGCAUAUCCAUGGCGUCCGUAUCGCCACCUAAACCGUGGGAGAGGGCAGGCGCUGCUGCUGGGUCUUCUGCUUUGACAGCAUCACCGGCGGCUACCUCCUCAUCCGCGAUGACGGCCACGACCGCUCCGACCGCGACCAGCACCUCGGCUCCCGCAGCCACCACUUCGACAUCCGCUGCCCCCGGUCUCCCUUCUCGUCCCGAUUCCCUCAACACAGUUGUGAAUCGCACGGCAUCAAACUACUCUCCCUAUACAGCUUCGCGGUUUGGAACGAGUCCCUACGGCGGCUACGGAGGAUACUCCUCCCCGUACUCUCGCUUCGGCACAAUGGGUUCCAUGUAUGGGGGCUACGGAGGCUACGGAGGCUAUGGUGGCAUGUACGGAGGCAUGGGAGGAGGGAUGUACGGCGGCGGUAUGCCUGGCGAUCCCAACGAUCCCAACAGUUUGACGAAUUCCUUCAGUCAAAGCACCCAAGCUACCUUCCAGAUGAUUGAGAGCAUCGUCGGUGCCUUUGGAGGAUUCGCUCAGAUGCUGGAGAGUACUUACAUGGCGACUCAUAGCUCCUUCUUUGCCAUGGUCUCGGUGGCAGAACAGUUCGGCAACCUCCGCAACACUCUCGGCUCCGCCUUGGGCAUCUUCACUCUGAUCCGCUGGUUCAAGACCCUGAUCGCGAAGAUCACUGGCCGCCCCCCACCAGCUGAUGCCACCGCUCUCACUCCAUCUGCCUUCGCAGCAUUCCUGAGCGGUCGCUCCUCCCCAGUUACCCUACCUGAUGGCUCCCCCGCGCCCGCGAAGCCCUCCAAGAAGCCGUUCUUCAUGUUCCUUAUUGCGGUCUUCGGUCUUCCCUACUUGAUGGGCAAACUCAUCAAAGCCCUUGCGCGGUCGCAAGAAGAACGUCGUCAGCUGAUGAUGGGUCCGAACGGCGAGCCCUUGCAGCAGGGCCAGAGCGCGCCGCUUGAUCCCUCCAAGCUCGACUUCUGCCGCGUGCUGUACGACUACACUCCCGAGGCCCAGGAGAGCUCUGGGAUCGACCUCGCCGUGAAGAAGGGGGACAUUGUCGCCGUCCUCAGCAAAUCUGACCCGAUGGGUAAUGCCUCGGAAUGGUGGCGUUGCCGUGCUCGUGACGGCCGCGUCGGAUACCUCCCAGGCCCGUAUUUGGAGACUAUCCAGCGCCGACCGCAGCAGCAGGCGAUUACCUCCGGCAGCGAGGCUGAUAGCCGCAGCAAUUCGAUGCAGGCACGCGCAGCCGAGGAAAAUGCCACGGAGGUCAAGAAGCCCGAGCUGAAGGGCAAGAUGGGCGAUAUCUCACCCGAAAGCUUCCAGAAGAGCGCCUUCUACUCAUGAGCGCGGGAGAGAGAUUACCCACCCCCGCUCCUCCUCGCAUCUCUAGUAUCAUAGUUCACUUUUGACGCACACAUUCCAGCUUAACUGCAUGCAUGUCUGUAUGUUAUGAACCACGAAGCUCGUGGCAGGACCUAGGUCGACCGAUUGAUGACUAUCUUUUCCCCAUUCUUUUUUCAUCAUUUGUUAA